AUUAAUGAAUUUUGCGCAUGUCAAUGACGUCACUCUCCUGUCGGCGAUUACGUAAACUAUCCGCUCGUGACUUUCUUGGCUGAUAAUCGCCAGCCAUUUUACUUGUCCUUUUCGAGUGUUCCAAAUGAGAUCACGUCGUCAGAGUGCCCCGGUGUGAAUGUUGUAGGAGUGUGUGAAAUCGUGUUGAACUCGUGUUGUUGAUGUUAUAGUACAUAGCUUAACCCACAUAGAUCUCUAGCCAACAACUCGCGAAAAUGAAGUACCACCACCUAGUGCUGUUGUGUUUCGCAUUAAUCUCGAUAUUUUGUACGAAAAGCGCCUACUCGAAGGUUACCGUAUUGAACCAAGCCGGCGAACCUAUCAAGAGGACCAUACAUUUUACUGUCAAGAAGAGUCUGCAAUUGAAAUGUGAAUCAGAUGAGAUUGGAAAUAUCACAUGGGAGAAAGGCGGUAAAUCCGUCGAGAAGCUGGACGAGUUGAAAGGCCGCUACGAAUUAAAAGAUAAUAAGACGAUCCUCAUUUUCAAAAAUUUGAAGGAUUCCGACGUGGGAAAUUACACUUGUGCCGUAAACAACAAUGGCAACAAAAUCGCCCAUUACACCGUCUCCCUGCACACGGCCACCAGCUCCAAAUGGGGUGUGAGAGUCAGCAAGAACAGCAACGUCGUCGAGGGCGAGAAGUUGACCAUCAAGUGCGAAAUCAGGGGCGAUCUCACGCUGAACUGGCUGUAUAAGAACACCACCAGUGGUGAUAACUACACCACGAUACCGGACGAGAAAGGACGAGUCAAGUUGAAGGAUUAUUACGACGAGGAAAGGAAGGUAAACGUGACUGGUGGUCUCUUAAUAAUCGAAGAAGUUGAUAUGGGUGACAGAGGUGAAUACAUCUGUAUAGGAAAAUCGGCCGAUGGUCAACAGUACAACAUGACGAGUACAGUCCGCAUCAAAGAUAAAUAUGCGGCGUUGUGGCCAUUUUUGGGUAUCUGUGCCGAAGUGUUCGUCCUUUGUGCCAUUAUAUUUAUAUACGAAAAGAAACGUAACAAAACGGAAUUGGAGGAGAGCGACACCGAUCAGAGUCCCGAACAGAAAAACACCCCCGACCACGGUAAAGAGACGAAUUUGAGGCACCGACAGUGAAUCCAUCUUGUUACCAUUACCACACACCUAAAAAUAAAACCAAGUUUAGAAGUUCAAGUUAUAGUUACAUUCGUCAUGUGUAUUAUUGAAGACUAUUUAACUAACAAGUUGUCCGAGAUCGCACUGUACAAAGUAACGUUUAAGGUUAUUGUUGAAGCCUUCGUUUUCUCGGACGGGUGUUGCUUUGAGUACAGUCUUUUUUAAUUGUUGAUUUUUCCGCGAUACGGUUCCGUUCAGGUACUUACCUUUUCCAAUUUCUAGUACUUAAUUGUAGAUAUUGUAAAAUUGUUAUGACGCAAUCGAAAGAGGCUGUAAUCCAACCGCAAAACCAUCAUCCCAUUGUACAUAAAUAAAUUAAGAAAAAUUGUAUCCUGUUUAUAUGUAUUGUUAAAUGAAAUUGUGUUUAAACCUAUGGACUGUUGUUUUUUCUUUACGUUUUCUUGUGAUACUUUCAAGUAAAGUGCUUAAUGAUCCAAAGACCGUCGUCUUGUUAUAUUUCUUCAAAUUUUAAUUUGGCGAGAAUUGUAGUUAUUAAAAUUAAAGAGUAUCAAUGUGGUCUUCAUGUCAUCGGUACUAAUAGAUUCGAGUAGGCUGCUUGGAUUUUUCACCGCUCAGUGCUAAUAGUGGAAGAAAUUUUAUUUCGACCAAAAGUGGCACCGCACCUGUCCCGCGGUCGCCAUUCUCGAUGUGAACCAUUUUAACUCUUCUCUAGUUGACUUAUUAAUAAAUUUUAAGCAUAAACUAUAUUAGAAUAUAAAAAGUAUGAUGACUUAAAAAUAACACAGAGCAGAUUUAUUUUUUACUUAUUCUAAAGUUAUAUUUAAGUCAUUGGUUAGGUUUUAGGCGUAUUUCCAUUCAUCUGAGGUGAAGUUCGAACCGCCACUCCUUCAUUUACUCAACUCGAUUUAGUCUCUGCCCAUAGCAACGACGGCACUUCGAAUUCCACCUCACCGUAAAAGCAAAACAUAAAUCAACUAGCAUUCGCAAUUAGAGUAAAAUAUUGGUGCUUGCACAAACAAACAUCGUUCAAUUUAGGCUGCUGCUGAUUUUUCUUCGACUAUGUAACUUGUAUAAUCAUUUCAUCCCAUCUCUUGUUUUGUUUUAAUGUAACAGUCUAUCAUUCUUCCCUAUUUUUACUUAUGACAUACCAUUUUAAAAAAAGGUAUUCACAGAUUAUUAUGUUGAAAUAAACUUUAAAUAAAAUUUUAUUCGUU